AGUUAAAACAAGUCUAAAUGAAUAAAAAAUAGCUUAGAGCGGGUAUAGUGGGAAAAAUUAACGAGUCCAACAGAGCCAGUGUAGAGUAGUUAAGUUGGGUAAACACGUUGUGGUGCCGGCAAGUGGGGCACAUUAUAAUUACAAAUAACCACCGGCUCGAUUCGGUGACCAUGGAGUGUCGAUGGCCCGAGCCAGUUGCCUUAUGGAGCUGCGCAAGUGCAGAACGUUUGCACGGUUUGGAGAAAUAGUGCCGGGAAUUUCAAUGAACCCACUAAUUGAGUUGCGAAAGUGUGGGAAUAUGUGGCUGUGCUUAGGGGUUUUGUUAUUGGUAGGCCUGUCACAGGCUAUUAAUCCUUUACCUGAUCCAGUUUUUGAAACAUUUCUAAAUGAAACAAACCAACAACUUGCUGUCAUCUAUGAUCAGGCUGUUCUGGCUCAGUUGCUGAGUGAACUGCGUGGUCCCAAUGACCUGGUGGCCCUCUUAGAGAUCGAAGUCACUGAUGAGAAGCUUCUAAAGUUCGUUCGAAUCCUAACAACGCGAAAGGCCAAGUUCAAGCGGCUCGGACUGGGAGAUGCGCUUCAAAAAAGACAGCUCGCUAAGUUUCCACAACUGGGCUAUGAGGCCCUGCCCUCCAGGGAUUUGGAUCGUGUCUAUGCUCUGGCCUCCAAACUGAGUGAUAAUUACAAAAAUGUAAACCUGUGUGCUUAUAGGCAACCGAGUAAUUGUUCUUUGAAACUCAUACCAGAUAUACAGUCCAUAGUUCAAGCUAGUCGCGAUUUGGAGGAGAUCGAAUAUUACUGGUUCGAGUGGCGGAAUCGAACUGGUCUGGCCACCCGGCCGCAGUUCGUAGCCUUCAUGGAUCUUUACAAGAAGACAGCCCAGUUGAAUGGAUAUCCUCGGGCGGAGGACUACUGGUUUCGAUCUUUGGAAUUGGAGGCCAAGGACUCUAUGGCCCUUCUCGAUCACAUAAUGCAUGGAUUGCGGCCUCUGUUCCUUCAAUUCCAUGCCCAUGUUCGAGGCUCACUGAGGAAGAUGCAUGGAGAGCAUUUGGUGCCCAGGAACAGGCCGUAUCCCCAGCAUUUGGCUGAGGUUUUUAUAGGCAAUGCCUUUAGGCGGGUUGAGGCGGAAUGGUACAUGGACUUACCUUCUCCUCUCACCGGUCUGCUAAACAUCACCCAGGAGAUGCAUCGUCAAGGGCUGACCACCACUCAAAGGAUUUUUUGGAAUGUGGCCGAGUACUUUAGAGGUUUGGGUUUUCCAUUGUUGGAAAGCUCUCUUUGGAACUUCGCGCAACCAGUAUCCUUUGGGGAUGAUGAUCGUUGUUGGCAUAAAGCCUGGCGAUACUAUGCUUUGCCGAGGAUGAAUUUCACCUACUGUCCUUUAAAAGAUGAAGAGCGUUUCUUCAACAUGUUCGAGGCCCAAAGCGAUGUCCACUUUUAUCGGUCUGCUUCAGUUCAACCAACAUUGUUUCAGGAGGAGCCAUUCCCAAACUUCAGUGAUGCCAUCGGAAAGUGUUUCUCUUUGGCAGCCAGUUCACCGCGCUAUCUUCAGAAACUAGGACUGAUCAGAGAAAAGAAAUGGAAAGAGCUUCCGGCUCGUCUGAAUCGGCUUUAUAUUCUGGGACUGAGAACUAUAUUCCUUCUUCCAGUCUUUUAUGUCCUCGAUCGGUAUCGUGUGGAAGUGCUGAGUGGUCACAUCGCAGCAGAUGACAACGAAGCCUACUGGAGAUUCACGGAAUACUAUACGGGAGCAAGAGCCCCCACGAAAAGGACCAACGAGCAGUUUGACGUGCCAGCCAAGCUCUUGAUGGAAGUGGACGACCAAUAUGCAAGUCACUUUCUGAGCAUCGUCCUUCAAUUCCAGUUGCUCAAAAAGUUCUGCAUUCAAUCAGGACAGUUCGAAAGGGACAAUCCCAGAAAACCAUUGGAUCUGUGUGAUCUCUCCGAUCAUCGGGAAGUUGGUGGUGUGCUCAAGAAGGCCAUGUCCUUGGGCUCCUCGGUCCACUAUAGAGAAGUGUUGCGAGAAUUGGUGGGGGAGCCAGAGAUCAGUGUAGAUGGGUUGCUGACUUACUUCCAGCCCUUUCAUGAUUGGUUGCAGCAAGAGAAUUUAAAAAAUGGUCUAGAAGUAGGCUGGAUUUGAGAGGAUUGGAAUCAUUUGGUUUUUCUUUCUGUUAUAAUAAAAAUUAAUCUCAGAGAUAUUCUAUGUUUUUUACUUAAUAUUCUAUCAAAAAUAUAAUACAUAACUUGACACAUAAUGCUUUUAAAUUUGGUAUUACAUGGAGAAUCUACAAGUGAGAGGUAAACACAAAUCAAGCUACUCCUAAAUGUAUGCUAGAGGUACUUCAAAAAUAUCUUUAAUAAA